AUGGAAUUCUCAAUACCCACCGUGCGCAUACUCACCCUUAUCGCGUUCCUCGUCGCGGUACAAGCAUGUCUCGCGCAAAGCAGCAGUAGCACAACAACAGGCUCAGCUUCUUCAAGCUCAAGCUCAAGCUCAGCCGCAACUGCAACUGCAACUGCAACUGCAUCAGCGAGUGUAUACCCCGACACGACGAAAUGGGAAUACGUAGGCUGCCAGAACGAAACGACGCUCCGGAACAACACCAACGGGCUGCGCGCGCUGAAUAGCGGCGUCUCGGAGUCGCUGGAGCUCAUGACGGUCGAUACGUGCUUGACGUAUUGCGCAGGUGGCAAUUAUGCGUUUGCUGGGUUGGAAUAUACCAAGGAAUGCUAUUGCUCGCAACUCCUCUCGGCGCUAUCCGCUAAACUCCCCGAGUCCAGCUGCAAUUUACCAUGUGCAGGCAAUGGCUCACAGGUUUGCGGCGGAUCGCUGGCGCUUACUGUGUACAAGGCGAAGAGCUCGAAAGAAGGGACGGGGUUUACGGUGCGGCAGCCUCUAUCGAGUAGUGUUUUGGCAUUGGGGAUCGCGUUGGGCGUCUUGUUGUGCUUGGCUUGA